GCCACAGCUGGGUUUUGCUGAAUCAGAGUAGAGUGAGCACACGCACCAACCUGUUAGAUGUCACUUCAUCCAACCACGAACCCGGAGAGAGGAGGAAAACCCGAAAACAGAACGGAAUUUCAAAGGAAUACCUGCCGUUCCGAGUAUCCAAGACAACAGUAUAGUCGAAUAGUAAGUUAUUAAGAAGAGCACACACGUGUUAAUGGUGGUACUAGACACGUUUAUCGAGUGUCUAUACAUGUAUUGCUCCUUUAAUCAGUCUAAGAAAGAAAAACAUUGAUUGCCUCGAUUAGGCCUAUAGAUCACAGGGCGAUCCAUCGCAGUGGAUAGUAUAAGCAUCCAAGACUUCAUCUGGGGCUCCUUUCUGCGUCGACACAACUGAAGCCAUUCUCUUAUUUGAUCGGAGAUUUGAAGAGUCUGAAGAUGCAAGAAUUAAAGUAUUCCAGCUGGACAAGGAUGACGACCCCGCUGUUACUGGCGCUGCUCGUUCUGACCCAACAGGUGGUCUCCAGUCCUUUCCACCGUGCGGUGUCAACCUCUCCUGGAUCUGACGAUGGUCCCGGGGCCCUGGAGGUGGAACGGGCUCCUGUCCUGCGAAGGGUGGCCCGUAUGUCGCCCCUCUGGAGGCUGAUGAACAGCAAGCCCCUGGGGGCCUACUGUCAUAGCAACUACGAGUGCUCCACGGGACUCUGCAGGGCUGGUCACUGCUCCACAACCCAUCGGGCUAUGAAGGAACCAGCAAAGUACUAGAGAAUGCUCUCAAAGUGACCUAACAUGAAGCCAUAAUCUGCUCUUUAUAAAGCUUCCAACCA